CAUGCAAAAAGCAGUUUAGUCCGUUCCUAGAAGAGUUAAAACUAAAGUUAUAUUGAGUCAUUCAUAACAAUCAGUAGCUUCAAAUUAAAUUCAAGUAUCAUAGUCUUCAUCAAAAUACAAAUAGAGCAUGUAUAUAAUCGUUUGAAGGAGUUGGUCACUUUCAAUUCGAAAGGCUUAUUUUGUUUGUGAAUUUCACCAUUAAAAAAAAUAUUCUGGAAAAAUAAAACGAAAAUUAUUAAAAACAAUAGAAAUAAGCAAGAACUUAGUCAAAAGAAGGUGUUAACAUUUAAUUAAGCUAUAGAAAAGUGUUAAUAGAACUUUAAUUCACUGGAAUAACAUUUAAAUAGGGCAGAAAAUAAAUUUUAAAAAUGUCUGCACCAUACCCAACAAAUGAUCCAAACAAUCCGUACAGUGCUGGAUAUCCUCCAUAUCCACCACAACAACAGCCACAAUGGGGACAACCAGGAUAUCAACAACCUUCUUAUCCUCCACAGCCUGGAUUUCAGCCACAACCAAAUGUAGGAUUUCAAAUGCCUGGCACAACUGGAUUCGCUAAUCCAUCAUAUCCACAGCCAAGUCAACCAUAUUAUCCACAACAACCAUCAGGCUAUGAUCCAUCGAAACCAAUAAAUCCACCAUACAUGGAGGGAGACGAUCCAAAUUUUAAUGCAGCUGGCAUGGGAUUUAGCGACAAAUCUAUUCGUGCAGGCUUUAUCCGUCGUGUUUAUUCCAUUUUAUCUGUACAAUUGCUUGUCACGUUGGGAUUUGUCUGCCUUUUUGUAUUGAACCAAGAUGUCAAGUUAUAUGCUCACAGAAAUCCACAAUUAAUGAUUAUUCCUAUGAUUGGAACUAUUGCUUUAGUUUGUGUUAUUGCAUGUUCGGAAUCUGCUCGUCGUUCAUCUCCCACUAACAUUAUUUUACUAGGACUGUUUACAUUCUUCGAAUCUCUUUUGGUGGGCUUCAUUAGCAGCACCUAUGCUCCAAAUAUCGUAUUGAUGGCUGUUGGCUUAACUGCUGUCGUUGUUAUUGGUUUAACUUGCUUCGCUUUCCAAACAAAAUAUGACUUUACUACAUGCGGAGGCUUCCUGUGUGUUUGUCUUCUUUUGCUGACUGUCGGAAGCUUGAUUGGAGCCCUUUUCUUCAGGAAUGACUUGGGCAACUUCAUCAUUGCCUGCGCUGGAGCUGCAAUAUUCUCAAUGUACAUUGUUUAUGACACACAAAUUAUGAUGGGUGGUGAAAAAAGCUACAGUCUUUCACCAGAAGAAUACAUUUUUGCUGCAUUGAACCUUUACAUGGAUAUCAUCCAAUUAUUCAUUUACAUGCUGAGAAUCUUAAAGUAUCUGAACCAAGAUUAAGGACAAUAAUGGCUUCAACGAAUAUGAUAUUCCUAUUUGAUUCUAUUAUUUAUUUUCAUGUACUAGUUUUUCCAAAAAAAAAAAAAAUCUAUGAAUAUGAAGUUUGAUAUUGCCUUUCAAAAACAAAAAAUAUGAAUAUGUCAUAUUUAUCAAUUUUCAACAAAUUUCAUUUAAACUUAUUAUAAAACGUUUAGCUUAAACACGGCUAAAGUUUUUCAAACGAAAUUAAUGAGAAAAAAUAUUUAGAAUUUCAAGUUAUUGCAAAAUAUAUGGCACUUUUCAGCUCCUAAUGUAUAUGUUAUGACCAUAAAUUACUCCUAAAUACAUUUAUAUACAUGAAAAAUUGUUCAGUGUCAGGGAAGUUUUUCCAUUGAAGCAUCUAAAGUUAAUUGGCGGUAAACUGCAAUAAAAAUAUAUACAUUCAACUCAAAAAAACCAAACAAUACAAUAAAUAUUAUACAAUCAAUGUCAAAAAUCCUGUGAA